UCCCCUUCCCUUUCCCCCACUCAUCUCACAACUCUUUCUCUCUCUACACUCUCUCUCUCUACCUUAGACGUCUCAUGUCAUAAGCUUAGUUCAAGCUAUCUCCCUCUCAAACAAACCCCAAGCUCUUCUCUCUCUAACUCUCUCUCUCUCUCUCUCUCUCUAACGUAAACCAUCCAGUGAAUUCAAAAAACCCCAAGUUUAGGAUAGCCUGCAACUUGCAAUGGUUUCUCCCAAGCUUCUCAACUGUUUAUCUCACUACUUUCUACCACCAUUCUUCUCCAAAGUUGUGAGGAAGCUUAGAAACCAAUAUCUCAGAAAGACUUCGUCUCUCUCUCCUCAAUACCCACCGGCUUCCAAGUGUGCAUUGAACUCUGUAACCGACCGGACCUUGGUUUGCGACAUUAAUGGGGCUCUGUUGAGGUCCGCUUCUUUCUUUCCUUACUUCAUGUUGGUUGCUUUCGAAGCAGGGGGGAUUUUCAGAGCCCUGUUUCUCACUCUAGUUUACCCGUUCCUUUUCUUUGUUGGUAGAGAGACGGCCAUGAAAGUCAUGAUUUUUAUUUCUUUUUGUGGGUUGAAACAGAGUAGUUUUAGGGUGGGAAAAUCUGUGUUGCCUAAGUUUUUUCUUGAGGAUUUGCAUUCUCAAUGCUAUGAGAUGGUAAUGGCUUCAAGUAAGACAGUGGUUAUUACCAGUGUUCCUAAGAUUAUGGUUGAGGAGUUUUUGGAAGAGUAUUUAGGUGUUGAGGUGGUUUUGGGAACAGAGUUGCAUUUCUUUCACGGUUAUUUCACUGGUUUUGUUGGUGCAUCUGGGCUGGUGAAUAAACAGAGUGCUUUGAAGAGGUCAUUUGCUGAGAUUAAGCCUGACAUUGGAGUUGGAAGCUUGAAGCCCGAUGACUGUCAAUUUCUAUCUCUGUGCAAGGAAGCCUACUUGGUGAACAGCCCAGAUUAUAAAAACAGUUACAUUUUACCAAGAGAAAAGUACCCAAAACCUCUCAUUUUCCAUGAUGGAAGGCUAGCUUUCAGACCCACUUCCCUUGCCUCUCUAGCCAUGUUCUUAUGGCUCCCAAUAGCUCUACCUUUGGCCAUUAUCAGAACACUCAUUGGACUCCUCCUCCCUUACAAAGUAGCCAUCAUCGUAGGCUUUGCAACAGGCAUGAGGUUCAAAUUGAAGAAUCCAAAUCAAAAACCAUCCUCCCCAAUUCUAGAGAGAGAGAAAAGCUCAAAUCUAGAGAGAGAAGCAAGACAAGGUGUGUUAUAUGUGUGCACCCACAGGACCCUCUUGGACCCUCUCUAUCUAGCCACUGCCCUUAACAAGCCCCUCACUGCUGUGACAUACAGUCUGAGUAGAGUGUCUGAGAUCUUAGCGCCCAUCAAGACAGUUAGAUUAACAAGAGAGAGAAAGGAAGAUGGAGAGAGAAUGAAGAGAUUGUUGAGGGAAGGUGACCUUGUGGUUUGCCCUGAAGGGACCACUUGUAGGGAACCCUAUUUGUUGAGGUUUAGUCCUCUAUUUGCUGAGUUGACAGAUGAGAUAGUGCCUGUUGCUAUAAAUGUUACAGUGAGCAUGUUUUAUGGGACUAGUGCAAGUGGGUUCAAGUGUUUGGAUCCUCUCUUCUUUCUCAUGAAUCCUUUCCCAAAUUAUGAGGUUGAGGUUUUGGAGAAAUUGCCAUUUGAGUUGUCUUGUUCCAGUGGGAAAUCAAGCUUUGAGGUUGCAAAUUAUGUGCAAAAGAAGCUUGGAGAAGCAUUGGGUUUUGAGUGCACCACUCUUACAAGGAAAGAUAAGUAUUUGAUGUUGGCUGGAAAUGAGGGGAUUGUUGGUGAUGCUUGUAAAAGGCCUAACCGAUCUGGAUGAAAAUGAAGGAGCUCUCUCUCUCUCUCUCUCUCUCUCUCUCUCUCUCUCAACUGAAAUUCUUGGUGUUUUGGGAUGUAGAUUACUUGGAGUUUGUAUACGAUAUGCUGAAUAUAACAUAUUCUUUAAAUAUGGAGAUUUUCUUCUUU